AUGAGAGAAGUUGCCAAUGUGAAUGGAACUCUAUCGCUUCUUGAAGACGCUAGAAUUCCUAUCACUGACCGCGGGUUUCUUUAUGGGGACUCGUUGUAUGAAGUGAUCAUCAUCGAAAAUGGAUACCCAAUGUUUCUCAAGGAGCAUUUGGAAAGAAUGAAGAAGUCAGCGGAGAAAAUGAGAAUGAAGCUUACGAUUUCUGAUGAAGAAAUGACUGAGGAGAUCAAUAGAACGAUCGCGUUUUAUGGAGAGAAGCCUCAAAGGAUCUAUUGCCGAUGGAUCAUCACCCGAGGAACUGGUCCAUUAACCUUGGCUAACCAAACUCAACCCAACAACUUCGUCAUCAUCGUGAAAGAAUUUCCCGUCAACGCCGACCCACUCACUUCUACCGUCUCCGUCAAAGUUACAGAUAUUCAACGGAACUCAGAUGACUCGAUGGAUCCGAACAUAAAGUCGGGAAACUAUUUGAACAACAUUCUAGCGCUCGACGAAGCAAACAAAGACGGAUACAACGAGUGUCUUAUGUCUCGGGACGGAUUGCUAUGUGAGCUUUCCAGGGCUAAUUUCUGGCUCUACUCAAAGGGAACCUGGUCCACUCCGGCGAAACACGUCCUCUCAGGAAUAACACGGGAUAAAAUCAUCGAGGCCUUGAACUCAGCCGGAAUCAAGGCGGAAAUCCGUGACAUAAAAGUUGGAGAGCUACUGGAAGCUGAAGAAGUAGCACUUUCCAGCACAACGAAAAAUCUGUAUCCGAUUAAUUUAGUCCACCUAAAUGGCAAAGAACACAGCUUUUCUUCACGAGAAAAUUGGAUCAAAGCAAAUGAAGUCAUUCUCAAAUUCAUUAGCGACUAUCAAAAAACUCUCACUCCUUAUUUUUAA